CCGAGUGGUGGCAAGCAAAGGCGCUUAACACGGAAGCAAUAAGGUAGCGUUGAACAGUCUAAAGGACAUGAUUGUGGCUUAUAACUCGUUUUACUGUCGCUACUGUUUAACGCUAUGCCAAGCGACUUCUGUAACGUUAGGUUGUCGACAGUGGUCAUAAGGUGAGCCUGCUGUGCUUCAGAAAUUGCCGCUAAAGUGAUGUCUCGACUUGUCAAGAAAUCUCCAUCUCUUUGUACGGAUCUACCACUGGACAACACUGAUAUUUGUAAUAAGCUUAACUUGCUGAGACAGCUUCUGAGAUCUUGUUUUGGUCCGACAGGUAGACUAAAACAAGUUCACAACAACAUUGGAGGGCUCGUUGUAACCACCUCAACCUCCUCAGUUCUCCUUCCAACCAUUUCCUCCUCUCAGCCUUUUAUCAAUCUGAUCAGAACCUCCAUUCUCAACCACGUUUCUCGUUUCAGUGACUGUGGUUUGUUUGCUGCCAUUCUUUGCUUGUCUCUUAUUGAGCAAGCGAAGCAGUCUGGUCUCAGAGGAAAUGUGGUUAUCAGAGUGAACAAGCACUUGCUGGGUCUGUGCACCAGUUACCUACAAGGAGAAGACUGUGCUUGUAAAGUGAAGCUCGACUUCUGCAGCAGUCAGAACUUGAUCAAAUUAGCUCGCAGUGUCAUCUCCAGCAAACCAGCAUGUGUGCUAACAGAGCCAGAGGCACUUCACAUCAGCAAGUUGGCUGUACAAGCCUUUUUGCUGACUGUUCCCUGUGACAGCCCAGGUAUAGUCAGACUUGGCAAAAUAGUGACCGUCUCUGUUGAAGGCCAUUCUGUGCUAAACUCUGCAGUGUUUCCAGGUUUACUGGUGGACAUGCCUGAUGUCUUUUGCCUCAACAACUUAGAGAACCUGCAUUCAAAUCCACUGCGCAUGGUGUUGUUCAGUGCAUCUCUUGCUGGAGACCUUUGUGAACUAGGAGAUGGGCGAAUUGAGGUGCACCCAGGUGUAGACACAGACUCACAGAUCCUGGAUCAACUCCUGGAGCUUGGCAAACAGGUGGCUAAAGAUGAGGUGAAGCUCUUUGUAUGCCAGAAGGUCAUACACCCAGUCCUACAGCAAUACCUGAGGAGUCAUGGGAUCAUAGUGAUAGAGAGGCUGGGAAUCACUCUCAUGGAGCCACUAACUCAGCUGGCAGGUGCUCAACCUGUGGCCACAUUACAUACCACAAUCCCAGCCAAGGUCUAUGGGAAGGUGAGGGAUCUCAGUAUUAGGCAGUUUGGAUCCAAGACGAUGCUGCAUUUACACCCUCCUGGGGAGUCAGCGAUCUGUACGAUGAUCCUCUGCCACAGGAACGAGACAAUGUUAAGUGAGCUGAAGGUGGCGUCCCAGAAGACAGAACAUGUGUUGAGGCUUACCCUGAGGGAACCAUCUGCCUUACUUGGAGGUGGGUGUACUGAGACCCACUUAGCUGCUCACAUCAGACACAAGAGCAUGAAUGAAGUCACAGAGGCCACAUCGGCGCUAGGGUGCUCACAGACGGAGUACCUUCUUGGCGUGGAGGGAUUCUGCCGCUCUCUGGAGUCUGUGGCGGCAGCGCUGGAGCACGACGGUGGGAAUUCUUUAAUCGAUCUGACUCAUGCUCACUACUGGACUCUCCCUGCAGAUGUCAUGAAAGAACACAUGGAGGAUAGUUUGGGCUUCUGUGGCUGUGGACUGGUGGAAAGUAGCCCAAAUCAGAAGUGGACUUAUCUGAACACUAAAUACCCACAGUUCUCACCUGCACCCCUGUCUAGAAACACUACUGUGCAGCCACAUGUGCUUGACUCCUUCACAGCUAAACUCAAUGCAUUACAAGUUGCUGUAGAAACUGCUAAUCUUGCACUGGAUGUGCGAUAUGUAAUUCAAGAUAUGAACUAGCAGAAUAGGCAUUUUAUCCAGUGUGGAGCUCUGGUUUGUGAUGAUCAAAAUGAGGAAUGAAUGCUGUUUUUAUUGUUCAAAGGAAAUAUUCAGUUUAGACACUAGAUGAGUGGGAAUCUGAUUGAACCCUGGUGUCAGUCAGUGGUCUUGCCUUUUUCCUGUUGUUGUCUUGUGAUUUACCUAUUUAAGUCAUUGACUUUUUGUCCUACUUGUCAGUAAUAUUACUAACAAGCCUUACUUACCAGCCUUGUUCUCAGCUCACAUAGAUGUGUAUCCUCUACGUUUGGUGUUUGUGCUGACAGGAAACAACCUUUCAUCCAUACAGUCCAACAUUUCGUGUUCACCAGCAAUCUCACAACCACUUCCAGUCAGUAACGCUUUAGUUACCUCUUUUAAUUUAAAAGGACCUUUAAAUGAGGUUUGAGAGUAUAUAUGAAUGUAGUGAAUCAAAAGAAUUCAGCUUGUAGGGGAUCAUUUAUCAAACCUUCACUAUUACAAGCCAGCAUGUUUCUGCUGCAAUUGCCUUUGGUCAGCACUAGGAGGUGCUGCAAGGUUGGCACUGAUUUUUUUGUUUUGCUAACAAAGCACAAAAAAAAAGAAUUUUCCACCUUUUUUUUUCAUUACGUUGUGUUACAUCCACAAUGUUACCAGUCUGAACCUGCUGCUUGGUAUGAAUCACUAACCUGACAGCUAUGAAAAUACAAAGAUUAACCUUAGGCAAUCAAAUGUUCCAAUAUAAUGCCGGAUUGUUCAGUGUUUUCUGACAUGUUGUAGACAGUGUACUGAGAUGUUAUUUUGUUAUAUAUAAGUUAUUGUGCAGUUUAUACAUUUAGUAUUUUUAUUUGUCACAAAAUCUCUUCCUAUGUGCAACAAGUUGUUCUAUCAAUGUCGUUUUGCAAUGUCGUCUUCCAUAGCAGUUUGUAUACAAAGACAUUUACAAUAAAUCUGUUAUAAUGGUUUUGUACAAUA